AGAGUCGCAACGCUUAAUCUCCCGGUCUUCUGAACUUUUACUCGGUCAACAACACUGAAGCCGAUAUGUCGCUGCCCACAGAAACCCCCCUCUCUCAAAUACUUCCUGUGACAGCCACGUUUGCUCCAGCAUUCGCUGCUUACUACGCCCUACUCAACCUUCGUGUGAGCGCAGUCCGUGUGUCGUGCAAUACCAUGAUGGGAACCGAGACCGCAGACAAGAGUCAAUCCACCACCUCAAAACCCGACCCCAGCAAGCCAUCAACAGGACCCGACUACAACAAGGAUCUUCUCGUCAGUACCCGUUGCCACGCCAACUUCGUCGAGAAUGUGCCCUUUGCUCUCCUUGUUGCGUCCUUUGUUGAGAUGAAUGGUGGAAACACACUGGCACUGACGGGUUCACUGGCUGCGCUGCUGUUUUUCAGGAUUGCGCAUGUAGAGUUCGGUUUGAGGGCGAAAGACUCGAUGGGCUGGGGGAGACCGGUUGGCUACUUUGGAACCCUGGGUUUCGUGGUUGGGAUGAGUUCUUAUGCAGCUUGGUUGGUGAGGAGUUAUUGGAGAGCAUAG